AUAGAUGAUUUUGAGUAUGGACAAAUAUUGGGUGAAGGUGCUUUUGGCCAAGUUCGUUUGUGUGUCCAUAAAGCAACAGAACUUCAAUACGCAGCUAAAGUAUUGAAGAAGGAAAAACUUAUUAAGGCCAAACAAACGAAAUAUGUCAAAUCAGAGAAGGAAAUAUUAUUGGAGAUGGAUCAUCCUAACAUUUCAAAAUUGUGUUAUACCUUCACUGAUGAAAAGAAGUUGUACUUUGUGUUGGAACUUAUUUCUGGAGGAGAAUUAUUUGAGUGUAUUAUAAAGAGCAAUGUAGCAAAUGAUAAUAAGGAAUUGAAAAAAGUUGCUCAAUUUUACAUGGCUCAAAUGUUGGAAGCACUGAUCUAUAUUCACAGUCUUAAUAUUUGUCACAGAGAUCUUAAACCCGAAAAUCUAAUGCUUACAGGAUCUGGUAAUUUAAAAUUGGUGGAUUUUGGUAUUGCAAAGAAAAUUGAUAGACCAGGUCCGAAUACAUUCUGUGGUACUGCUGAAUAUUUGGCACCCGAAGUUGUCAGUAAUAAUGAAUAUGGUAUUAUGGUAGAUUGGUGGUCUUAUGGUUGUAUUAUUUACGAAUUAUUUUGUGGAAAGAGUCCUUUUUACAGCUCUAGUAUGGCUGUAACUUGUCAAAAGAUUGUUGAUAGAGACAUCUAUUGGCCAAAGACAAUGCCACCAGAUGCCAAGGAUUUAAUUAAUGGACUUCUCACUACAGACCCAGAAAAGAGAAUUGGAGGUCCUGAAUUAAGAAAGCAUCCAUUUUUCAAAGGAAUUGAUUGGAAGAAUUUA